AAAAGCGAGCUGGUCUAUUGUUUAGGAAAACGCUGUUGCAAAGCAUUAUGGGGAGUGUAGUGAUUGAAGGCCGUCAUGCUGCGAAGGUGCUUCUUGACAAAACUACAACACCCAUGCAGCAGUUCACCUGAAAAGACGCUCUUAACGGUUUGGUUAAAGCUCCGCUGGUAAUGUUUACUUCUUUGCUCAGACGGCGUGUGAGUGUGUGCUUUAUGUGCUGGCUGGACAGAUGCGCUAUGUAACGCCGUUUGAUUUGUGUUUUUCUUGGUUUAAAUCACACGGAAGUGGUGUUCCGGUCGACAGCGCACUGGUGAUACACACAGCAAAGGAAGCAGAAAAAGAAGAAGCUCAUUUUGAAGAAGCAGCUGAGAGGAGGCAUCCAGUGUUCAUGAUGGCGAUGUUCCGCAGUUUUGUUUCGGCUGCUCAGCUCAGACAGUCUCAUCCCCAGCCCCAGCUGCAGCAUGGAGAGAGUCUGGAGAGCCAGUUCUCCUGCCCCAUCUGCCUGGAGGUUUAUCACAAACCCGUCAGCAUCGCCAGCUGCGCUCAUACGUUCUGUGGUGAUUGCCUUCAGCCGUGUCUCCAGGUGACGUCUCCUCUCUGUCCAUUGUGUCGCAUGCCUUUCGACCCCAAGAAAGUGGACAAAUCUUCCAGUGUGGAGAAGCAGCUUUCCUCUUAUAAAGCACCAUGCCGAGGGUGCAGCAAAAAAAUCACGCUGGUCAAAAUGAGGUCACACAUCUCAUCUUGCACAAAGGUGCAGGAACAGAUGGCCAACUGCCCAAAGUUCAUGCCUGUGGUUCCCACAUCACAGCCGAUUCCCAGUCCCACCAGUGUUGUUAAACAUCACAGCCGAGUGAAGAGCAGUGCCAGUGUCAGCAAUAUUCCAAACCGAUCGACAUUUGUGUGCCCGUAUUGUGGGGCGCGAAACCUCGACCAACAAGAGCUGGUGAAGCACUGUAUGGAAAACCACCGCAACGACCCCAACAAAGUGGUGUGUCCCGUGUGUUCAGCCAUGCCCUGGGGUGACCCCAGCUACAAGAGCUCCAACUUCCUGCAGCACCUCCUGCACCGGCACAAGUUUUCCUAUGACACAUUUGUGGACUACAGCAUUGACGAGGAGGCUGCACUGCAGGCAGCACUGGCCCUCUCUCUGUCCGAGAACUGAGAGUCUUGUCCCAGUAGCCUCCACCAAUCACCACCUCCUAUCCAAUCACCAUCACUUACCCCAACCUCGUUAACCAAUCAGUUAUCUUUCUGCCUCCUUCAUGCUGCAGACAUGAACAUAAAGGAGAAUCAUUUUCAUUCUCUGUUCUGUACCUGGUGUUAGUCACAUGAUGCUGAUCACAUGAUCUCCACAAUUUUCUGCCCAGAAUUCUUCUCUUCCUUCACUGAUGGAGGAGGAGCAUGCAGUCAUUCAUAACUGCUGCAGUCAAUAACAACAGCAUUCCAUUGUGUAUCUCGCAUCUUUUGGCAAAGAAUACAGCAAGCUUCAGUUGAUGUUUGAGGGGGAAAAAACAAAACUACAUUUCACCAUCAAACAUUUUUCCUUCAAUUCUGUUUUUCUCUCUCUUUCUGGGUUGCUCAAACAUGGACAGAUGGCAGUGUAAGUAAGAAAAGGCAUCACAUAUCCCAGACUGGAUGAGAGCAUUAUUCCAGGCUUGAAUGAUGUCGCUAGGCCAGCACCGAUGUCCUUGGCUGACUACCCUAUCAUUGCCAUGGUGACCGUAUAAAUGAUGGACAACUCAGUACCAGGAGUCUCCUGUUGGCUAAAUAUGAGUGAGAGAGAGAGAGAGAGGGUGGUCCAUCACUUUACUGUAAGCAGAAGGAAGCUGAGAUGAAUGAUGAUACCUGCCUUGUGGGAAUGACUCAGCUUUAGGCAAUACUCAUACAGCAGAGAGAGAUGAUCCCAUGUUCACACCAUCACCAAUAUCACGACUUGGCCAUCACUAAACAUUCCCCCUUUCUUUAAUGUUUGUUUAUUUUAUUAUUUAGUUAGUCACGAACACUCACGAUUUUCUACAUGACUGAAUUCUAGUUCAAAUGUUCUUUUAUAGUUCUCCAACAGGAUACUAGUACUGCUUUUAUCUUCAUUCUGCUCUUUACUGGUUUACCUUGCUACAAUAAUAUUUUUUACAAAGCAUCAAAUUAGAAGAAUAUCUAUUUUUGGAAAAAUGUUUCCUUUAACAUGGUGCACUAAUACCGAGAAGGUGAAACGUGUGCUGAUUUGUUCAAAUGUCUCCAUCUCAGAGGUGGAGAAUAGGCCAUGAGGCCGCGGAGGGGAUGUAGACGCAAAGCUCGACCACUAGGUGGCACUAAGUGUUCGCUCCAUGGGAAGUCUGGCCUGAACCAUAGCCAUUCAGAGCCCAGUUUCAUGUCGUAUUUGCAUGAUGUGUGUAGUAGAUUUCAUGCCCAGUGUUUGUUACCAGCAGGGAGUCAUUAUGUGGGUCUGGAUAUCAGACUGAGAGGAUUUAUUGUAUGACAAUAUUACUCUCAUGGUGAUGGAUAUUAUGUUGAAUUAGGCAGUGUAGUAUUGUGUAUGGCAGUGUUGACAUUUAUUCCUUCAGCAGACAGAGGCAGAACGUAAUCCAAGCAUAGAGCAGUUGAUGGUUAAAGGACUUGAUUCAGAAGCCCAUUUCCUGAUCAACUACCACUGUCCCGUAUUGAGUAGCUGGUGAAAGACAAAUUGAGAACUACCUGAAUCAAAAUUUGGUUAAAAAUAAACUGGAAUGGGAUGUAACCAUCUAUUUUCAGAUUAACAGUCGGUUGUAAAACAGACAUGGGCACUGAAAGACAAAUUAGAAAAUGUCCGUCACUGGCAGUUGGUGUUUUUCAUCAGAUCCUUUCGUCUUAUCUUUUGUAAUAUAUUUAAUUUCGCUUUAAUUAUUCCAGCAAUUUAAACCAGAGCGUUGAUCACAAUCAUUUUGUAUUGUUUGUAUUGUCAGUUGAUGGUGAAGUUAUGAAAUCAGUUUGUCCUGAACAUUUUGGCAGCCUGGCUACAUGCAGAGAGAUGACUCACUGAGAAUGUGAUGGAUUUAGAGAAGACGCCGAGAGUUGGCAGUGAUUGGUGGGUGACAAUAUUCAGUUUUAUAUUCGAGUUUCCAAUCACGAGUGCAUAAUCGUUGUUAUUUUCUUUUACGGCUGUAAAGUUUAUUCUUUAUAAAGUGCUUGAUUUAGAUGUCAUUUCUCCUGAUGUGUCCUUGUCCUCCGUCUUGUGUGUCUAUGACUCCUAACAGUGUGUGUAAUAUGAAGUUGUGCAAAAAAACACGGGAGAAACGAAACCUCUGCCUUUGUGUGCUGGAGUCUUAGUCCAAGCGUAACAGUUUAUAAGAGGCAGUUUAAUGGAAAGAAUUGAAACUUGUACGUGUGAAUAGUAAGAUUGUGACCUCGUUACUGGUGCAGGGUUUAAACCCUGACUACGGUGAGGUCAUCGUUACAGAAAGGGCAGGUAAAAUGUUGCACUUUGCUUCUAAUCAGUAAGGAUUUUGUCCUGGUAUGUUAAUCUGCCUGUGUACUGUGAAGUAGGCAUGUGCCGAUCAAUAUUGUUGCGAGGGCACUUUAAAUAAUUAUUAAAUAUUGUCAGGAGUAAUAUUGAAGCCUUUUUAAGCAGCAUUUGCUGUCUUGUGAUAAAGUUUCCUUUGUGGUUAAGAUGCAAAAGUAUUUAGACAGAGUGACCGCAAAAGGUUUUUGGACACAGACUGACAGAAGUAGCAGUGACACCAUGUAAUUAUUAUAGAUAGUGUUACAUUUGCAGAAUAUCUGAUUUGUGCAGAAUAAUUGUCAAUUUAAUGAAGUUACUGUACUGGCUUCUGAAGUUUGGAAAAUUCAAGGAAUUUAGACAAAAUAUCUAUAGAAUAUAUACAAUGCUGCAGUAAAUCGACCUGAUUCAGGCUGCAUGCGUUGCAUAGGAGUAAUAUACAGGGGAUAUAAAAAGUCUACACACACCUGUUAAAAUUGCUGGGUUUUGGGAUGUAUAAAAAAAAAAAUUUCACCAAAAUAAAUCAUGUGAUAUAGCAUCCAACAAAAUUCAAGUAAAGAACGAAUAGAAACUUUUUUUUUUCCAAGGGAAAAUUUAGGCAAAAGUCAAAAAACGUGUAAUAACCUGGUUACAUAAGUAUACACACCCUUUUAAAAUGUCUGUGCUCAGUAUUAACCAAUCACAUUCAUUAAUCUGAUGUUGAAAAUUCUAUUUCAUACACGUCAUUAAUAACGAUUCUGAUUAACCCCAAAUAAAGAUCAGCUGUUUCUGUAGGACUUUCUUGACAUCUUGUUUCAUCCGACCGCUGAAGCCAUGGUCCACAAAGAGUUUCAAAAAGCAUGUACGAGAUCUCAUUGUAGAAAGGUAUCGAUCAGGAGAGGGGUAAAAAGAAUUCCCAAACAUCAGAUGUACCAUGGAAUCGACAAGUAGAGAACAUGGGGUACCACAGAGACAUUACCCAGAACAGGAUGUCUCGCAGAAAUAGAUGAAAAGACUAGACAAAAACUUACCAGGGAGUCUUCCCAGAGACUUACAGCAACAUUAAAAGGGCUGCAGGAAUAUCUGGCAGGUACUGGUUACGCCCUGCAUGUGACAGCAAUGUCGCUUAUUCUUCAGAUGUCUGGGCUGUGGAAUGAUUUGAAGAGGGCUGUGCACAAGAGAUCCCCUCAGAUAGAUCUGUAAUAGAUCUGGAGAAGUUUUACAUGGAAGAGUGGAAUAAAAUUGACAACUGAAGAUGUGCUAAGUAGGUAGAAUUUUACCCCAAAACAGUGUGUGCUGUAUUACAAGCAAAGGGUGUUUUAACAAGGUAUUAGUUAAGGGGUGUGCAUACUUAUGCGACUAGGUCUGAUGUUUGUUUGUUUGUUUGUUUUUUUUCAUUUUCCAACCCCCCCCCCAAAAAAAAUAUAUAUAUAUAUUACUAUUCGUUUUUUAAUUGAAAUCAUGAAAAGAUUUUUUUUUUUCUUGGUGUCAUUUUUUACAUCAUUUUAAGUGGGGUGUGUAGACUUUUUAUAUCCACUGUACCUGUCAUAUUUGGUCUGGCAAGGCUUCCUUGAAGGAUUGCAGCUGCCACUGUGUCACCUGUGUGGCAUCAUUAAUGAUGAGAACAGGUGAAGGUAAUAUGUAGUCCUGUUUGUAAUAUUACUAUAAUAUUGUAAGAGGUUAUGAUGAGGUUAAACAGUUAUCGGAAUGAAAAAAUUAUAAUCGGUACAUGCCUACUGCCAAGUGUGCUUUGUAACAGUCACAAAAAAAAUUGCGCUUUGGAGAAUAAUCUUUUUUUUUUUUUUGUGACAUUUAUGGAUGACAGUAUAAUGGCAAACAAUAAUAAUAAUAAUAAUAAUAAUAGUAAUAAUAAUAAUGGCAUUUGGUGUAUUUGUGUGCAGUAAUGUGUUUAUUUGGCUUUAUAAGGAUGUUAAUAAGGAUUGUAAGGGUUUUUAAAGCUGCAGGUGGUGCGACUGUUGCAUGAGAAUCCUGUUCUCAUAAUUAAACACAGCGAAGAGAGUAUUUGGACUAAAAACUGCAGAAAACUUUGGACGUUUCUUUUGCUGUUCAAACUCAACGAUGACCUGUGACUGCGUGAUUCAUUUCCCCAAACUUUUUUACUUAUUUACUAUCAAUGCUAUUUUCUAAGUGUUUGUAAUAUACCAUGUGCAAAUAAUAUUCAUGUUCACUGCUGUAGCAUAACACGUAGGUUUUUAAACUUUUUAUAUAUGGCACUUUGCUUUUACUUUUUUCCUGGCUCCCUUUGUGAACGAUACAAAGCGGAUCAUUUCCAUACGUGUGUCUCCCGCAUUGUGGGCCGGGAGUCCAUGCAGGCUGAAGCAUGAGCUGGAGAAAUGAAUCACUUCAGCAUUCCCUUUGGGGCUCGACAUGGAAGAACAAGGACUAUAUAUGGAUGUCAGUGGAUACAUGAGGACACGUGGCUUCUUGCUCAGGAGAGACUUGUCGUUUUCCUGUAGCUGUUAGCAGGAGCUUGCUUGUGGAGACAAAGGGGAGGACACCUCACAAGAUAGCGGCUCCAUCACUGAUCCUGUGACUGCAAGGUGUGCGUGUGCGCGUGCGUGUGUGUGUGUGUGCGCGCGCGCAAAAGCUGUCUCAGUGGAAAUAUGCAUUCAUGACGUAAUAAUGAUAUAACAGUAAUAACGAUGAUUGAUAUGAUGCUAACACCAGUGUGGAGUGUUGAAGCUGUAACGCUGUUUGAGGUUUAAUAGGUUACUUAUAUGAUGUAUUUGUAGCAGUUUUUCCCCCUCAAUAAAACCACUGACCCAUCUUA